AUGAAUUGGAAAAUGAUGAAAGAUUUGGAGAACGAUGAUUAUCGUCAAAUGCGACGGAUAGCAUUUCUCGCAAUUGUUGUUUCAACUACUGCUGUUGUUUCAGCAGUAAUUACAUUGCCAAUGCUUUAUAGUUUUAUUCAGACAUUAGAAAAUCAUUUAUUGCUUGAAACUCAUUUUUGCAAGUCUCGAACAAAAGAUAUGUGGUCCGAAAUUACAGCACUCCAGAUUAAUAAAAAAUUUCUCAGCCGUAUUAAAAGAGAAUGGUCAUUCGGUAAAUGGAUGUCGGCUAAUUUUUAUAAAGAUAUUGGUGAUGAUACUGGCAGUAACUAUAGAACAAAUUCAAUUUCACAGAUUAGUGAAUCGGAUCGGAUAAUGAAUGGCAAUUACAAUCGACAAUGUUGCACGUGUCAUAUGGGUGCUGUAGGACCUCCCGGUCCAGAAGGUGUAGAGGGAAAUAAAGGAAUUGAUGGAUAUCCGGGAAAAGAUGGGAAACCAGGAAAGGAUUCGGAAAUUUUUCCAUUUUCAUCAAAGGAGAAUAUUCAGAGUCAAGAAGAGUGCAUCAUUUGUCCACCAGGUCCACCAGGACAUCCGGGUUCUAUUGGUUCCAAAGGGCCUCCAGGUCCUAAAGGAGCACCUGGCAAUCGCGGAAAUGAUGGAGAAAUGGGUGAAGAUGGGUUGGCUGGACAAGCAGGAUUUAAAGGUCGGCGGGGACAAAUAGGGAAACCAGGUAAGCGCGGUAUACCAGGACGGUUAAUCUAUAUACCUGGGUCUAUUGGUCCGGAUGGGCCAAAAGGCAAUUUGGGCGAUCUGGGACCAAAUGGUGUGCCUGGUAUUGACGGUAUCUCUUACCCAGGUCCACCUGGUGAACCGGGUAAUGAUGGUAGGAAUGGAGCAGAAGGUAAGCCAGGCUUACCGGGAUCUUUAGGUCCUCCAGGUGAGGAUGGUAAACCAGGCAGUUGCAAUCAUUGUCCAGCUCCUCGACUACCGCCAGGAUACUGA